GCCAUUCGUGGCUGCCGGGAAACCGAGAUAUCCCACUGGAGCGAGGAGAGCCAGCAGAUCUUGCAGCGUGUCCGGGAUACGGCCUUCCCACCGGGGGUGCCGCAGCUCUCGCUUGUCCAUGUCCUUGACCUGGAUAAAACCGGCUACAUCAAACCUCACGUAGACAGCGUCAAGUUUUGCGGUUGCACGAUUGCGGGGCUGUCCCUGCUGUCCUCCAGCGUGAUGCUGCUGGUCAGCGAACAGAACCCCGAGGACUGGAUGGCCCUGCUGCUGCCACGCCGCUCGCUGUACAUCAUCAGGGGCGCGGCUCGCUACGAGUUCACCCACGAGAUCCUCAAAGACGAGGAGUCCUUUUUUGAUGGCCAGAAGAUCCCCCGAGAGAGACGGAUUUCCGUCAUCUGCAGGAACCUGCCUGUGCUGCCCGCGCCGACGUAGAACCAGCCCCAGGGCUCCAGACGCUAGUGGAGCCGUGGGCUUGGAAACUAGCCCCUCUCCAUGCUGGAACAGAGCUGAAUGCGUUCAGCUGAGCUCACUGUCACUCCUGCCUGUGGAGGUCUGUAGCCACGACUAACCAGGGGACUUCUCCCCUCAACAGGGAGCCGUGGAGUCGUCUGCGGACGUAUGUGCCCCCGGCAACCAGGUACCUACAGUCUCAUCCGCAGUGCAAUUAACGAACGAGGUAAUCUACCACGUUGACAGGGCGGGGACAUUGCUUUGAUUGCACAGUGCCUGUUCAACCCAACAAGUGAAAUCUAAAGUGGAAACGUCUCCCCUGCGAUCUUUGUUACGGGCAGGGCUGAGCAGGGACGGACACUUCAGACAGUGUGCUGCUUCGGUUUGUUCCUAAAAGGAUCUGCCGGCUCUGGCACAUUUUGGUGAAUUUCCCUCAUGGAAAAUCAUGUCUUCUAACAUGCAGCUGGUUUCCAAACGUUAUUAUUAACCCUUCGUGUUACGGGAGUGACGAGGGAUGUCAAAUCCUGUUUAAUCGGUUAACCAAUUAAAGGGGGAUUCUCUA